AUGUGUAUUGUUGAUAAUGCUAGUAGAUCAGGUGAGAGUGUAUCCCAAAGCACCACCACACAAACCAAGAGCAUCGACAGCAAAGGAACCUCUCCUGACAAUGUCGGCAGAUCUUUUCGCCAGGAAACAAGCUCAAGCUCCGAUUCACAUUCAAGUACGAGGAGGAAUAUGGUAGAUGCUGAAAUGUCGCAGCUCGGACUCUAUGGACGUCAAACAGAAACUGAAACAAUUCGAAAUUGUCUUGACGACCUUGUCAAGACUGGAAAGAACAAGCUCCUGUACAUUUCUGGAGUUUCUGGUUCUGGUAAGACGGCGCUUGCUGCCACUGUGGCCGAUGUGGUCGAUUCCGAAAGAGGCAUCUUUGCAAUUGGCAAGUUCGACCAGAAGCUACGCGACGAGCCGUAUGCGGGUAUUGCAACAGCUGGACGACAUAUCUGUGGUGAAAUUCUUCAUCGAAAGAACUCGACUGGAAAGAUGCGAUCUGGCCUAUCCUUCGACCACAUCAAGAAGACCAUCAUCGAGAAUGUUGGAUCCGAGUUGGUCACGCUUGCCAUGAUUCUUCCCGAGAUCGAAGAUAUUGUGGGCUCUGUCUCAGAUUUGUUCUCUGAAGAUAGUGAACACGACGAAGACUAUGGUGCGAACAGGGAACGUCUGAAUACUGCCUUUCGAACCUUCUUUCGUACAGUGGCUGCGUUCUUCAAGCCUCUUGUGAUGGUCUUGGAUGAUGUCCAAUGGGCCGAUCUACCGUCUUUGAACCUAAUGGAGGUCUUGAUCACAGAUGACGCGAGCACCAACUUCAUGCUUGUGGCUCUGUACCGAUCAAAUGAGGUCAAUGACGCUCAUGCGGUGAGUAAGAUGAUCCGAUCGCUUGAUGAGAAACAAAAAGACUGCGAUUUCGAUACCACCAAGAUCGAGGUCGGAGAUCUGAGGGUUGGACAAGUGGACGAGAUCCUGGUUGAUCUACUGAAGCUACCAAGCUAUCGCACUUCAGAGCUGGCCGAGAUCAUCCACAGAAGGACAGGAGGCAACGCCUUCUUCGUUUUGAAUUUCAUCAGCAUGCUCAAGAGUCAGAAACUGGUUGUAUACUCGAAGCGAGAGCAAAGCUGGGUAUGGGACGAGAGCGAGGUCGAGCUCGAGACUAUAGCAACCGAUAACGUGGUCGAUCUUUUGAAGCAACGCAUGAAGAGUCUGCCCGCGAAAAUGCAAGAGACCCUUGAACUGGCCGCUUGUCUGGGAGCUAGCUUUCGAGAAGAUAUGUUGUCAAAAGUAGCCAGGGAUUACUUCGCAGGACAGAAAGACUGCCCGACAGCAGAUCAAAUCUCAAAAUGGCUAACGGAUGGCAUCCUGCAAGGCCUACUGAAGAUGGACAGCGUCGGCUACCGCUGGGUCCAUGACAAAGUGCAAGAGGCCGCACUUUCGAUCACAGAUGACGCGGAUCAGAAGAAGAUGCGCUACCAAGUUGGCAAUAUCAUGCUUCGUCGGCUAUCGAGGCAAGAACUGGACCAGGUCUUGUUUGUUGUGGUCAAUCUACUGAAUGCCGGAACUGGACGUGAAAUGUCGUCAGAGUCAGCGGUGUCUUUGGCCGAGUUGAAUCUUCGGGCAGCGAACAGAGCCAUGAGACUUUCUGGCUUCGAGGUAGCAAGUCACUACACCGAUACUGCGAUCGAGCUCCUUCCGACAGGAUACUGGAAGUCUCACUACGAGAUGGCGAUCAAGCUACAUACGAUUGCCACAAAUGUGUAUAGCGUGCUGGGAAAUGUGGAAAAGAUGGAAGCUAUGUAUGAUGACGUUAUGAAACAACCUAAUGUUCCGUUGAAAGACAGGCUCCCUCUGUACAGCUCGAUGGUAGAGUCUCUGUCAGGCAGAGAUGUAGAACGUGCAAAAGAUCUGUCCUUUGAUGUCUUGGAGCAGUUGGGCCAUGGCAUCAUGCGAGAUGGGAAAAAGCUGACUAUGUAUCUUAAGCUGAACCUUGUGAAAUCUCACGACAGGAAUCUAGAUCCUAACAUAGUAUCACGGCUCCCAAUGAUGAAAGAUGAGAAUGCGAUUGCUGCAAUGAAAGUCCUUUCUCCUAUGAUAAUUCUGACCUUUGCAACGAACAAGAAAGAACUGUGUUCGGUAUCGUCCAAAAUGGUCGCUCUUGUCAACGAGUAUGGGCUAUGCAGUGAGGCAGCCAAUGCUUACGGUAUUAGAGGAGGUUUUUCAAGUAACCUUAAAGUGAUUGAAGCACAUGCAAAGUGUGCUCACAUGAUAAUGGAUCAGUCCAAGGAUCGUUAUGCCAAAGCGGCAACAAAAGUAUACAUAUUUUGUCUUUUCAGCUUUACCAGGGACAUCCGAUGGGUUCAGAAGACUUUCUUUGAGAACUAUCAUUACGGCUUGCAAGUUGGAGACAUUCAAAUGGCGAUCUACUCGUACAUGAUGGGACUAUACUACGAGCUCGUGUGCGGGCGUUCGCUUGUGACUGUCACGGAAGAAACGAGAGAGACCAUGGCGCAUCUCAAAGCGAUGAAUCGUGACUCCCAAAUGGAACUACUGUCUGUUCUAUUUCAAAGUAUGCUGAACAUGAAAGGGGAAGCAGAAGAUCCUUUGGUACUCAAGGGAGAAGCCAUGGACGAGACAGCAUUGGAUCCUGCCUCGAUAACUUCUUGGAACGAUGCCUUGAUAAUUGGGUACAAAGGUGUUCUUAAUGCGUAUUGCGGCAGUCAUCAAGCCAACGCUGAAGAGAUUCUUGAAAAGAUGCCCUUUGUGAGAGAUGAAGUUGGUGCCGAUGCAAUCAUAAUGUGGCUUGAUAUCUAUGUCGCUGUGUCUUGUUUGCACUGCGCCCGUUCCAGAGGCAAGCGAUCAGGAAAGUACCGAAAGCAUGGUCAGAAUAUUAGCAAGACGGUCAAGACAUGGAUUGCCCAAGGAUGUCCAAACUUUUUACACCUUGACUACCUUCUGGAUGCAGAGUUGGCUGUGUUGAAAGGUGAUUUCAAAAAGGCUUGCAAAUACUACAAGCUGUCGAUCAAGAUCGGAGAGAAAAUGGGUCGGGUGAACGAUGCUGGGUUAGCAUCAGAGCGGCUAGGAGAGUAUUUGCUUGAAAAGAAGGAUAGAGACGGUGCUCGGAAGGCUCUGCUGCGGUCGAUCGAAUUCUACAAGCUGUGGGCAUCUGAUUACAAAGUAGAAUCGGUCCGUUCUAUGUACGAAGAGAUUCUCCACCCUGCCAGUGUCAUUCAACAGUGA